AUGCAAACUGCUCAACUUCCUAUCUCUGUUUGUGAUAAACUUGAUCAGUUAAAUAGGAAUUUCCUCUGGGGCCAUACUGUGGAUAAGAGUAAGGUUCAUCUUGUUAAGUGGGAGAUUAUUGGUCAACCUAAGACUGGUGGUGGUUUGGGAAUCAAGAAAACUGCUUGGAUGAAUCAAGCUUUGUUGGCUAAGACUGGUUGGAGAUUGCUUCAAAAUGAUCAAGGUCUUUGGUCUCAAAUUUUGAACGCUAAGUAUUUAAGGCAGUAUGACCUUCUUGCUGCCAAGGAUCUUCAUUUGAGUUGCAGUUCUAGUGCUUGGAGGGGUGUUUUAUAUGGUGCUAAGCUCCUCCCUCAUGGCCUUCAAUGGAGGGUAGGUUCUGGUGACAAUAUCUUAUUUUGGACUGAUUCUUGGUUAAGCUAUGGUCCUAUGCUGAGUCAUGCCUUAAUUGAUUUAUCUGAGGAAAUGCUCCAGCUUAACGAAUGUUUGCUUAAUGAGAUUGUCCAGAUGAUUUUAAGCACUCAUGCCGGUUUCCUUGGAAUUGGUCUGGAUAAAAGAAUCUGGAAGUGCACUCCUAAUGGUGACUUCUCUGUUAAGUCAGUUUAUGGUAUCAGUUUUCUUGAAGGGAAUGUGCUUCCGUGGCAGUGGGGCUUUAUUUGGAAGCUUAUAAUCCCUCCUAAGAUUAAAACCUUUCUAUGGUUGUUGUGCCAUAAGAAGUUGCUUACCAAUUAUCAAAGACAAAAGAAGGGCCUUGCUUCUUGUGCUGCUUGUCCUAGAUGCAGUUACCCUGUUGAAACUAUUGAGCAUUUAGCUGGGUUUGUCAUGCCUUCUGAGCCUCAUAAGAUGAUUCAGCAGUAUGCUAUGGACUGGUUUAUAGCUUGUAAGCCUAUGCUUAGCUCUCCCAAGAAGUGUGUUGUGCAGGUGCAUUGGCAUGCCCCUCUUCCUGGUGUUUUUAAGUUGAACACUGAUGGGAGUAGGAAUUCUAGUUAUGGUGCUAUUGGAGCAGGUGGUGUGAUUAGAAACUUUGCAGGGGUUUGGAUUACGGGCUUUGCUGUCAAUCAUGGUGUUGGUUCUACUCUUGAGGCUGAACUUUGGGGUGUUUUUUGGGGGUUUCAUCUGGCUUGGGAGAUUGGUUGCAGACAUAUUGAGGUGGAAUGUGAUGCUAAUUCUGUGGUGUCUCUUCUCGCUGGCUCCAUUGCUUCCACACAUCCUCUCUUUAGCUUGAUAAGUUGUUGCAAGUUGAAGUUGCAGCAAGAUUGGGUUUGUUCUCUCACUCAUGUGUUUCGUGAGCAAAACUAUGUUGCUGAUGGUUUGGCUCACAUGAGUCAUGGUAUGAUCCCUGGCCUUCAUCGGUUGGAGCUCGCGCCUCCUUGUGUCCGUGAGAGCCUUGCUGCUGAUGUUUGUAGCCUGGCCAGGCCUAGAGUUGUGGCUGUUUAG